AUGGCGAACCCGGAGACGCUGCUGCCACCAGGAUUCCGCUUCCACCCGACGGACGAGGAGCUCAUCCAGCACUACCUCAGGAACCAGGCGACCUCUCUCCCCUGCCCCGUCUCCAUCAUCGCGGAAGUUGACAUCUACAAGUUCGAUCCCUGGGAACUCCCUGGUGAGAGAAGGAUUCCAUCCAGCCACAAGUCGUUUCUUUUCUUUCUCCUUCUCCUGGUUUCUUUGACCCGACCGUUGCGGCGGCGCUGUGGUGGGUUCGUGCAGCGAAGGCGAUGUUUGGGGACAAGGAGUGGUACUUCUUCAGUCCGAGGGACCGGAAGUACCCCAACGGCGUGCGGCCCAACCGGGCGGCGGCGUCAGGCUACUGGAAGGCCACCGGCACCGACAAGCCGAUUGUAGCCGACGGCGGUGCCUCCAGGAGGGAGAACAUCGGGGUGAAGAAGGCGCUGGUUUUCUACCAGGGACGGCCGCCCAAGGGGAUCAAGACCGACUGGAUUAUGCACGAAUACCGCCUCGUCGACGGCGCCGGCGGCCGCCACCAUGGCGGGCUCAAGCGGCCCCGCGACUCCUCCAUGAGGGUGAGAAAUCGAAGUUACACUCUUUUACCUUCUUCGUCAACGAAAGACGAACGAUCUGAUUGUCGUCUUCUUUCUUUUUGAUCAUGAGAGUGCUGACGCUGUAUUCUUUGCAGUUGGACGACUGGGUGUUGUGCCGGAUCUACAAGAAGUCAAACAACCAGCACCCGAGCUUGCCGUCUGAUCGAGAUCAGGAGGCCUCCACCGUGGAGGACACCUACUUCCCACCGAGCCACAGCGGCGGCGGCGGCGGCGGCCGCCUGCCGAAGAACGCCUCCCUGAGCGACCUGUUCAACGACGCCGACUUCUCCGCGCUCGCGCGGCUGCUCCACGAGAACCCCUCCGAUAUGAGGGCCCCCGAGCUGGACCAGUACUUGGACGGUGGCGGCAUCUUCUCUCUUCUGACAGCGGAGGAGUCCCCUCCGAAGCGUCAGAGAACAGCGGCCGACCAAGGCGGCCCCACCGCCGCCGCCUUCGACCGGUACGACGGCCACUGCACCGGCGCCGGGGACGGCGAAGACGCCACCUCUCUCCCAUGUAACCAGCACAGGCUGCUCAACUCUCACCUGGAACUUCUUCGAUGA